AUUUUAGCAUGUACAACAUCUCGAAGRCUUUCAGUUGUUGAUGUUGAACGAGGAGAACAACUAUUAGCAUAUGAUAACUGUGCAGCUAGUGGGAGAGAUAGAACUGGUCUAGCUACUGAUCCCACAUCACCUAAUAUUGCGGUAUCUGUAGCGGUAAAUGGCAAAGGUCUUACGUUAUUAGAUCUUCGAAUGCCUUUACCUCUAGAUUAUGUCUAUGAUCUUCAUUCUAGUACUAUUCGUGAUAUAGUUUUUCUAGAAUCAUCAUGGCCGUGGGCAACUAGUAACGGACUUCUCAGUACUAUUGUCACUGCAGGUUCAGAUGGUUGUUGUAAAGUAUGUACAAUGGAUGGCCGAAUAUUGCACACAUUUUAUUCUGGACGCCAUCUGAACACGGUUUGUCCUACACCAGAACCAUUUCAAGGAUUUUUGUCGAAUGGAUUUUAUAGUGUAAUUAUGAGUGGAGGCGAUAAAAUUACGUCAUAUGUCCCUAAUUUGGGUAUUCAAGAAAGCUUCUGUGAAAACCGUGAUAAACCGAUUUGGAAAGUCAGGUACACAUCAAAUGGUAGCUUUCUAUAUUCUGUAUGUGAAGGCGGCGUUGUUAGAAAAUACCGAAGAUAUCCAGAUAGACACGAGUACCUUGGAGAAGUAUAUACCCAUAAAGGAGAUAUACAAGACUUAGAUAUAUCUCCUUAUGACGAAUGUAUCCUUUUAAGUUUUAACCUUUUGAAUAGCUAACAAAAUUAAUUCAUAUAGACAAUUCAAGUUACAUUAUAACUGUUAUUUGUUAACAGUUAAUUUGUAAUUUAAAAUGGUAAUGCACUAAUACAAGCUAACAGCUUUCUGCUUUAGUAAACAUUUAUUUUUAUUUUUACAUUCUUGAAUCAAAUAGGUUUGGUUAAAUUCAUAAAUUUAUCUUAUCUUUACUAUUUAUAUUAUAUUGUAAGCUAGUUUAAAAGUGAUGAAUAGGGCUAGGAUUUAUAUGCAUUUGCAUGUUUUUUUCCUUUAGUCCAAAUUAAUUGGUUGUCAGAUUUGUCCACGAUUUGGCUUAUUCUCGUUUAAAUAGGACCAAUCUUUUUUUUUGCAUAUUUUGGACAUAAUGCAUAUAAUUGCAUAUUCA